AUGCUUGUUGACGACUGGGAGAACAUCACCAAGAACAACCAGCUGGUCCCGCUUCCUCACCCGCACCCCGUUGACGACAUUCUGAGCGACUACCUCAAUUACGAGCGUCCCAACAGGGAAGAUGGUUCUGCAAACAUGGACAUUCUUGAAGAAGUCGUCGCCGGACUUCGCGAGUACUUUGAGAAGUCUCUGAGCCGGAUCCUCUUGUACCGCUUUGAGCGCCCUCAGUACCAUGAGAUUCGCAAGGUGUGGGAGAAGGCUGGCGAGGAAGACAAGCACAAGUCGGUCUGCGAUACCUAUGGACCUGAACACUUGUGCCGCCUGAUGGUGUCUCUUCCCGAGCUCGUUGCUCAGACAAACAUGGACCAGCAAUCCGUGGCGCGUCUGCGUGAGGAACUUUCCAAGCUCACCGUCUGGCUCGGCAAAAACGCAAAGAACUACUUUGUGAGCGAGUACGAAACCCCCUCUCAGGAGUAUAUCGACAAGGCUCGGAGUUUCUAG